UAGGUGUAAACGAUAAACAAAAUCAAGAAGGAAGCAAAUAAUCUUACAGAAAUAAAGAAUUCACUGACAUUUUCGCAGCAUCUUAAAAUUCGAUUUGGAAAGUUUAAUUUUGUAUUAUUCUUAAGGCAUUGACCAAAGAAAUUUUAUAUCUGCGAUAAUUACAUGCUUUUUGAACGGAAAUUGUAAAAGCAUAAAUGAAUUUUGAUUCAUAUUCUUAAAAGCUUUAAAUUUGUUGGAUUGAAUGUGCAGGGAUUCCUAGAAUAACUCCAAAUAUAACCAAGGAUUUCAUUGGAAUGUAUAAAUGAGGAUUAAGUGCACCAGAUUCUAAUUUGUUUUGUGUAAGUACAUACUUUUCUGCAAGAAUAAAUAACAUUAAUAACAUAAAAACAAAACAAGCGUCACCGCCAAUACUGCCUGUCCACUAUCAACAACAACCGAAAGAGUUAAUGUAAUUACAAUAGCACGCUUAUAAUACAAAAUGAAAACAAAAAGCAGCGACUAAUUUAUAAUACAAAUGACUGUAAAUAUCUAAAAAAAAUUGGAUAAUUUUGUGUUACUACUUGUAAUUUGCGCUCCCAGCCCAGCUUAGUGCAGUCAUCAUACUUUUUGCUCUCUGUUAACUAAAACUCGUCCCCUAUGUGCCAACUUUGGCCAAAUAGUGGCGCUUGGUAUUCUCUGACAUUUGGAGCUGUCAUACUGACAAAGUUAUUAUAUACAGACAGUCGUGCGCGGUAGGUGAUUGCUUGUGCAUUUGUGGAUACGCUUCUCGCCAACAUAAUUUUCACUAUUGUUUCUUGUGCUGUUUAUUAAAUGUGUUGUGUGUUUUAAAAGUAAUUUUUUAAAAUAAGAGAAAGUAAAUAUAAUUUAUAUAUAGCACGAUAUCAGUACAAAAGAAAAGCAUUUGCGAAUAAUAGCAAACCAAGGUAAAACACGUAAGUGCUACUCGUGGCUUAGUGAGCGAAAAAAUGAUGUUUUAGUGGGAGUCAACUUGGCUGUUUGACAAAGCAAGAAUACAAAGUGAAAGUGUUUGUUUAAGCGUAUGCAAAAAGUUAAAAAAAUUAACGAAAACGAAAAGCUUUUGCGUUACAAAAAAACUAAUUGUUUAGUUUAUUGAAAUCCCACCGUCCAGUGAACAUUUGGUCUUCCUUCCUACCCGCUUUUGUUGUGAUCAACUGUGAAUUGUGCAAUAAAAAUUGUACUAUAACCUAUAUCACCCCUUUUAAACAGUACUUAAUUUUUAGCCACAAUUAGAAUCAAAAAUCUACAAUAAAAAAAUUAAAAAUAAAAACAAACUAACGUCCUUUAAUUAAUAUAACACAAGCUUAACAAAAUGUAUCGCAUUGGGCCAAUUAGUCGGAAAUCGAAUUUUCACUUACGUGAAAAAUUCCUUAUCGUCUUGGUUUUGUUGACUCUAUGCCUGCUAUGCUUUGGUGGCAUAUUUCUGCUACCGGAUAACUUAGGCGGUGACCGUGUAUUGCGUGUUUACAAGCAUUUCCAAAAAGCCGGUCCCGAAAUGUUCAUACCAGCACCACCACUCGCCGCUCAUGCACCAAAGGACGCCGAUCCACACUUUAUCGGCGACCGUCAAAAGUUACAGGCGAAAAUCAAAGAAGAAUUGGGUGAAAUAUUAGACAAACCAAUGUUGCAACAACGCCAACCCGAUGCUGGUUAUGAUGGUGAGGAAAUGGGCGUAGGCGAUGAUGGCCAGCAACAGCAACAAGGUGUGGCGCCACCGCUAAAUGGUGAAGGACCACCACCAGAAAUAGUAGGCACAGCCGGUAAAGGACAACACGCCAACAACGAAGACGCUGCAGCACGUAUGGAAAAUAAUAAUUUACCCGUGGGAAAAAUUGCCGGUUUACAAAUUAAUCCAAAUGCAAAUGCCGAUCCUGAUCCCAAAGUAGAGGAGAAGCGUCAGAAAGUUAAAGAGAUGAUGCAACACGCUUGGGAUAAUUACAAACUCUAUGCUUGGGGUAAAAACGAAUUACGACCGCUUAGCCAGCGGCCACAUUCCGGCAGCAUAUUCGGUACUUACGAUUUGGGUGCGACCAUAAUCGAUGGCCUCGACACACUCUACUUAAUGGGUUUGGAGAAGGAAUAUCAAGAAGGUCGCGAUUGGAUUGAACGUAAAUUUUCACUAGACAAUGUGAGCGCCGAUUUGUCAGUCUUCGAAACAAACAUACGUUUUGUUGGUGGCAUGCUAACAUUGUACGCUUUCACUGGUGAUAAUCUAUACAAAGAGAAAGCCCAGCAUGUGGCCGACAAGCUGUUGCCCGCCUUCCAGACGCCCACUGGUAUACCAUAUGCUUUGGUAAAUACACGAACCGGAGCGAGUAGAAAUUACGGUUGGGCUUCAGGUGGCAGUUCGAUUUUAUCCGAAGCUGGCACUUUACAUUGUGAAUUUGUAUAUUUAAGUGAUAUCACCGGCAAUCCGCUGUAUAGAGAACGUGUACAAACUAUACGACAAGUUUUGAAGGAGAUCGAAAAGCCAAAGGGUCUUUAUCCGAAUUUUAUUAACCCCAAAACGGGCAAGUGGGGACAAAUGCACAUGUCGCUCGGCGCAUUGGGCGACAGUUACUAUGAGUACCUGCUAAAGGCUUGGCUACAGUCAGGUCAAGUGGAUGAAGAGGCUCGUGAGAUGUUCGACGAAGCGAUGGUGGCGAUUAAUGAGCACAUGAUUCGCACAAGUCCGGGUGGUUUGACAUAUGUCUCAGAUUUGAAGUUUGAUCAUUUGGAACAUAAAAUGGAUCACCUGGCUUGCUUUGCGGGUGGUCUCUUUGCCUUAGCUGCCAAUACGCGACAAAAUCAGCAUGCCAAUAAAUUUAUGGAACUCGGCAAGGGUCUAACAAAUACCUGCCACGAGAGCUACACACGAACGCCGACAAAAUUGGGGCCUGAAGCUUUUCGCUUCAGUGAUGCCGCCGAAGCGCGUGCCUUGAAAUCACAAGAGAAAUACUAUAUACUACGACCGGAGACAAUGGAGAGUUACUUUGUACUCUGGCGUUUGACGCACGAUCAAAAAUAUCGCGAUUGGGGUUGGGAGGCUGUACAAGCAUUGGAGACAUACUGCCGUACAAAUCAUGGCUAUAGUGGUAUUAAGAAUGUGUAUCAGGAGUCACCGCAAAAGGAUGAUGUGCAGCAGAGUUUCUUCUUGGCGGAGACAUUAAAGUACUUGUAUUUGCUCUUCUCCGAUGACACAUUACUACCACUGGACGAAUGGAUAUUUAACACGGAGGCGCAUCCCUUGCCCAUACGCGGCGCGAAUGCCUUCUACCGCGCAGCGCCACCCGCCCAAACGCAAGCAGAUGAGAAUCGUUAGAUUAGAAAGCAGAAACUAAAACGAGAAAUAGUUUUAUUAAAUGCUAAAAAAUAGUUUCAUUGACGUUGCGUUGGGUUAACUCUUUCGCUAGCGUUAGCUUCAAUCCAAAUGCAAAUAUUCGUAAUUAGUGUUGAAAAAUUUGUUUUUAUAAUUUUUAACGUUUAGUUAUUUUUUAUUUACAAUUAGCUUAAAUAUUUAUUUAAUAACUCACAAACUCAACAGACGAUCCAGAAAAUGGUAUAAUUUUUUUUCCUCACUAAUAUUUUUUCACUUUUUAUGUUUUCUUUUUUUCAAUUAUUUUGUGCGUUUUGAAAUAGGGAGAUAAGCAGUUGUAAUGCGCUCUAUGUAUCUCUGUACAUAACUGUAUAUUGUUUGUUUAUAAAAAAAAAAAUAGCAUUUGCUUAAUUAUCUCUCAGUAAUUUAAGUAUAUAUUGUAUAAGUUACAUACAUAUUUGUAAUAGGUUUCAUUAUAGUGCUUUGAAGCUACAUACAUUAACUAAAAUAGCUUCUUACAUGAAUCGAAUUUUUUUAAAUAUACCUAGAAAUUUCUCUUUCUUUUACAUCUUUGACGCUUUUUAUGAAACAAAAUAGUAUGGAUUUUUAGCAGCUAAAUAUUUUCAUUAACACUUCCCAAACCACCUUUUUUCUUGCGCUAUAUAUAUAUAGAAAAUGUCUUUACAUACAUGCACAUACGUUUAUACAUAAAUUUUGAAAUGCCACUAUAGAAACUAUUGUAUGACAAUUCAAUGUGUUUGCAUUUUAACUGUUCUUCUUAAUUAUAAAUAGUAUAAAAAUGACAUUGCGGCUGUAAAUGCAGUUUGCGUAAAUUUUUCAAAUAUAAUAUAAAGCAGUAAAAUAUGAAAAAUAUUUUUUUUGCGUAAAGAGAACAUACUAAGAUUUAGUGAAAAAAUUUAAUUUUUUUUUAGUAUGAUAUUCAAGCCCCUCUGUUGAUAAAAAGCCUACAAACAUGAAAUUUUUUAUGCUCGAAAACUGUUUUUUAUAUUGAAAUAUUUUUUUUCUUAUCUUUUAAUUUCAUA